AACUCCUCAAUGAAACGAAACUUUAAUGAGGGACGAGGAAGUCAGUUUAUCUGUAGGAUCGUAUCCUUUAUACGUUGAUAUUGACUUGGAAUAUACAAUACAUGCUCAUAUUUGGUGUCGUAAUGUUUGCACGUGAUUUAAUGUUGGAUCAUCCAAACAAUAAUUGGUCCGGUAUAAUUCAUUUUUAACUUAGGACUUGCAAACUCUGCUAUAUUAAUGUCUCAUUCUCUGCGACGCAUAGGCAAUACAAGUUAUUCCGCCGCACGCUAGAUGAUGCUGCAGCCCCUGCCACUGGGAAACCCGGCAGCCGUUUGCAGGAGAACGGAGGGCUCGUAAUGCGAUCCCUCAGCCGUUAUUUUACUGUUUCUAUAAUGCUUAACUGCGAUCAAAGCAUUAUAUCUUUCAACAAAUGCCCAUUUUCGUAGGAAGAACUAACACGGAUGUCCCUGUGAUGUGUCUAAGAAUGAAAACCCCGCCCCUCGUUCUGUGGUAAUGUAGAUAGCACCAUGUUGGAUAAAACCGUUGCUAAAGACCAACAUCAUGGGCAGUGCUCAGACUGUGGAUGCAGCUUGGACUUUGACACAACCUCUGCUUCAUCCCCUCCUUCCAAGUGUGCAUCCUGCCAGGCGGGCAGCAGCCCCCCUAACGGGCGGCGCCCACACCGCCGCCUCCGCCUGGACCCUCACAGCUGCAGCCUGUGCUCCAAAACCUUCAUCUCUUCCGCCCACCUGACCCUUCACCUGGCAUCCCACAACAAGGAGAGAAAAUUCAGAUGUAGCACCUGCGGUAAGUACUUCCAUCAGUCCUCCCACCUGGUGGCACACAAGAUAAUACACAGCGGGGACCGGCCAUUUAAAUGUUCGGAGUGUGGCAAGACCUUUGGCCGGGCCUCACAUCUGAAGACCCACCAGCGGCUCCACACAGGCGAGAAGCCCUUCAAGUGCACCUACUGUGACAAGUCAUUCACACAGAAGGCUGGACUCCUGGCUCAUGUUCGUCUACACACAGGGGAGCGGCCAUACAAGUGUGAGCAGUGUGGUGCUGGUUUUCGCUCUCUGCCCCUCCUGCUCGCUCACAAGGCUGAGGAGGCGUCUGGAAAGGUGAAACCAGCACCAGCUCCGGCACAGACGCAGAGUAGCAGCGAGGAUCUGAAGUGUGGCGUCUGCUGCCGCACCUUUGUACGAUCAUCAUACAUCAGGCUGCACAUACGCCUCAACAAAGGACAGCGGCCUUAUCACUGCAAAGUGUGCAACAAGACCUUUGUCAAGCUGGAUACGUUUGUGAACCACUGUGACAAACACUUGAGGCAGAAAAGUGCUAAAAGUGGGGAAACAGAGGUUGAAGACAAAGUUGUUAAACCCCCCAUGUUUGUCCCGCUCUCCAGGCGUCCUUCUCCUGAAUCCUUACCCACGCAGCCUUUAUCCUCAGAGGUCAACACGCGCUCCAGAGCUAAAGCAAAGAGUAAAACAGAGCCAUAACCAAUGAGAGUGCAUCCACAGACAAAAAAGAAAUGUGCCAUGACAGUUCUGCCAUUGCUGAUAAUAACAAAUGCAUGAUAGGAGUGUUAUGUUGAUGAUAAAAAAAAAAAAUGAAUGAACGCAACAUUUGAAAUUCAAUAACUCCCAAAACGUUAUUUUAUUUGUAUCACAGAGUUUACUUUUUGUACAGUCAUUUUACUUAAAAAUAAUGAAUGUUAUUUAAUAUCUCUAGGUAAAAUGUAAUGCCUAUUUGAACUCAUUAGGAUAAUUAAGAAUUUAAGUGGCAUACAAUGUUCACUCUAAUCUUCGAAUAUACAAAAAUGAUUCAUCUCAAACCAUUAUAAAUUAUGGUUAAUCUGUUUCUGUUUAUGGUUAACACUUGAAUUUAAUAUGUCAAUUGCCUAUUGUAAAACAAUAUGCACAUAAGAGUAAAAAUAAACACAAAAGCUUCUGCUUUUUGCACAUGAGACCACAAAUAUCUGUUCAAAACUGUUUGUUGUUUCCGGUUUCAACCAUUGUCUCAAUAAAGCCUUUUUCCACCUAG